AAGGGGGGCCGGAGGAUCCUUUUUUUCUUCUGGGAGCUGAAGGAAAGGGGGGCCUGAAGGUUCUCUCUCCUCCCCAGGAGCUGAAGGGAAGUGGGGCCUGAGGGUCCUCUCUCCCCCUGGGAGCUGAAGGAAAGUGGGGCCUGAGGAUCCUCUCUCCUGCCGGGAGCUGAAAGGAAGUGGGGCCUGAGAGAAAUCUAUCCCCCCGAGCUGGAGGAAAGAGCAGCCUGAGGAUCCUCUCUUCCCCCGGGAGCUGAAGGAGAGAAGGGCCUGUGGGUCCUCGCUCCCCUUGGGAGCUGAAGGAAAGAGGGUCCUGAGGGAAAUCUUUUCCCCUGGGAGCUGAAGGAAAGUGAGGUCUGAGGGUCCUCUCUCCUUCCAGGAGCUGAAGGAAGGAGGGGCCUGAAGGAAAUCUCUUCCCCUGGGAGCUGAAGGAAAGAAGCCUGAGGGUCCUAUCUCCUUCCAAGAGCUGAAGGAAAGAGGGGCCCGAAGGAAAUCUCUUCCCCUGGGAGCUGAAGGAAAGAGGGGCCUGAGGGGAAAUCUCUCCCUUCAGGAGCUGAAGGAAAGAGGGGCCUGAGGGUCCUCUGUCCCCAACCACCGGCCGGGAGAGAGGCUUAGGGGCCGAGCUUCUGCAUCCCGAGGCGCCUUCAGCAGGCAGGCCCUCGUCUCUCCGGCCUUGCCCUGGGUGCGGACCCCUCGCCCCAUGGAGGCCAGCCUGACAUGCGCCGUGUGCCUGUCCCUGCUGGAGGAGCCGGUGACACUGGCCUCCUGUUCGCACAACUUCUGCAAGAAGUGCGUGAUGGAGUGGGCCUCAGCCCGGAGGGCGGCCCCCCCGGGCCCGGCCCCCGGCCCCGACCCCGCCGGCCCACGGCUGCUCUGCCCGCUCUGCCGAAAGCCAUGCCCCCUGCCCGACGGCGCCAAGGCCGUGGACCUGCCCGUCAACACCACCCUGGCUGAGGUGGUGGAGCUGUACAAGGCGGCCGCCCAGGAUGACCAGGCCCGCGGGGCCGGCGAGUGGGCCCGAGGGCAGCCCCGGCCGCCCUGGCCUUGGGGCCGGGCCUGCAGGAAGCACCCCGACAGGAGCGGCCGGCUCUUCUGCCGCUCCUGCUGCCUCGUCGGCUGCAGCCUCUGCGUGGCCAACGACCACCAAGGGGUCUUCCAUUCGGUCAGCAGCCUAGACUCCGCCUACCAGGAGGAAAAAUUGGCUUUCUACUGCAGUCUGAAAAGAUUAAGAACAACAGACGAAGAACUUAGAAAGAAAAUGUCAAGCAAUUCAAAUGAGAAUGAGAUGCUCUUGAAGAGUGAGGCCAACAUCAUUGAAACUGAAUUCAAAAAAAUUUCCCAAAUACUGGAGAUGCGGAAAAAACAGCUGCUAGAAUACCUUGAAAGUCAAAGGAGUACGAAAGAGGAGGAGCAUCAAAUUUGGAAGAAAAUGAAGAACAACAAAAAUACCAUUGAGAACUAUCUGAAGGAAUGUGAGAAACUUAUUGAUGAAGUUGAUCCUCAACGUUUCCUAGAGGUGGCGUGUGAUUUGAAUAAAAGAGUGAAGAGUCAACUUGAGCUGAUGCAGUUGGCAUCGAGCUCUGAGAAAGAGCCGAAGUUCAAAAACAAACAAAUACAUAGUAAACGUGUGAUAAAUGAAAUAUUGGCCUUGGAGCUAACUGAAGUGGAUUUGGACAGUAUGACAGAUUUUCCGAAUGGAAGAAACGAAGAUUUAAAUGGGAAGUUCGUGUUUAAAACAGCGUCUAAAAAAUGGAAACGUUCAAAGCAUUAUCAUAGCUUUAACUUUCAUCCUAUAAUAGGAACUGAUGUUUUGCAAAAUGGUCAGACAUGUUUUACUCAGUCCAUGUCUAUCUCAUUCAUGGAAAAUUUUAAGAAUACGAGCCACGAGGAGCUACGCCUCCAGUAUUAUGAAAUAUUCCGAGAAGAUGCAUGUGAUCAGAAGACAGAAAGUUUCUCAGAGAACCCAACUUCAUCGAUGUCUGUUGUUCCCAAAUUUGGCAAGAAAAUGAUUAAAUCUCCAAGGAAAAAGCAUUGUUCACCAGAGACACCAGAAAGGCUGGCUCCCGCAAAUGAUUCCGACAGUUGUAAUCAGAAGGGUUCGGCAGCAAAUUCAGACUUCCCUGCAUUAAACCUAGACUUCAGGUUUGGAACUAAGGUUCAAAAUAUCGAAAAGAUGCAAAAUAUCGAAAAGAUGCAGUUGCCAUCACUUAAAAAUUUUGGUGAGAUUCCAGCCAAAUCGUUUGGUUUCUCCUUUGGUUCACCACUCCCUGCAGCAGCAGCAGCAGCAGCAUUACCUCUUACUGACUCAAAGCCCAAUGACUUGGUAGCAAAAGGUUCAACUUUCACUUGGAGUGCAAAUAAUUCUGCCAGUGCAUUUACCACCUUCCCUCCCUCAGUUCAGUCAUUUCCUUUUUCUGCUACCUUUAGCAAAUGUAAGGCUCAGCCUCACACAGAAGCCCAUCACGAUGGCCGUGACGAUGCCCAAUCGGAUGGCUCGAGGUCAGCAGACAGUGAAACACCUGAAACUUCAGUCAGGGUGGAUCUAAACUCAGCUGCACUUAGACCCAGUUUGUCUUUUGGUUUCCAAAAUUGUUACAUCGGAUCCAAGCAGAAGAAUUUAUUCUCACCCUCUCCCUUUUCCCAAACGACUCGUACCUCUGAGCCACCAGCUCAAGGAAGCCUGGCUGUUCAGCAGGGAAGCCAGACAAAGGGCACGGUCACCACGGUAGGUAGAGAAAAGAAUUCCCUACAAACAGAGCCUGCGGGAGGCGUGAGUGACCCUAAUGCCAAAGUCACGAAUUCUGCAGCUGCUGCUGGAAUUUUCACUGGAGGUGCAGUUCACAAUUCUUUCGUUUCUCUAUUCUCAAGGAGUUGUGCUGUGGAUUCCAAGUCCCCUGGAUUUUCAUUUUCCUUCAAGCCCCCAGUUUCACCUCAAGUCACAAGUGAAGAUGUUCGAGCAGAAACUAAUCUAAGGAGUGAGAAGAACCAGUUAGUUUACCCUAAAUCUCCAUUGCCAAAGUGUUUCAUGGCUACUUCUGAAAGUGCGAGUCCGGGGACUGCGUCUUAUUCGAUUGCAUCUCCAGAGGUGCGUGUGCCAAACCCAGUUAUGGACUCCUUGGUGACGCCAAACUUUUUACUCCAGCCAGCCAGCUUUGGCCAUCCAGUUGGAACUUUCCCUCCAACUCAGAGGAUUUAUAAGGCAGCACAAAGAAGGAUUGGAACUGAAAAAAUGGACAGAAAAGUAGCAGUAAACUCUUCCCCACUAGGUGACUUGAAAGGAGUUUCUGGCAUGCAGCCUCAAAAUGGAGAGAGUCUUGUUAAUCCAUCUUAUAUCAAUUUCUUUUCCAAGUGGCCAACAGUGUCAGAAAGUUCAGAAGUUGAAGAAAAAGAGAGAAAUGAAGAGUUUGCUGGCCCCAAAGCAUUAAGUGAAGUCUCUGGUUCAAGCGAACGUAACGUUACGUCAGGUGAAGAACUUGCUCCCUCUGUCCAAGACCAAAUACAUCCCCAAGUUUAUCCAGGUGGGGAAACUCCAGAAGAACGUCAAUGAAAUCAUCUUCUUGGAUGAAAGAUUUCUUCAGAGCCUUAAAUUCUUUUCAUACAAAUGCUUAAAAUCCAGUGUUAAACCCACUUGCUUGCAAUAGUCUUAAAUCAACAUGCUUUUUAAAUGUAAUUUGUGAAUAAAAUGCAUAAAAAGAUUAAAUUGCAAA